AUGUCGUCUGAUGUGGCCGGCGUCGCUCUUCCCUCCCGCGGUGCCGCCGUACCCACACUGACCCUGCCCAACACCAACAUCGACACCAACAGCGAGGGCCGAAACCAGCCUGGCCUGUUCCAGGACGAUCAAUGGCAGGAUGUGUUCAUUCCUGUGUCAGUGGAAGACGCCCCACUGAAUAGCCAUGACGGGUCUUAUGCAGAGUCACGCAAGCGACGACGACCGCCAUCCUUUGGCGAGGCUAGCGACGUAUCGCAAUGGCUCCGAAUCAAUUUCCCCGAGCUCGGCCCUGAGGUUCUCCAAUUACCCGCACGUUCAUGGGCUCCUGACAUCGUCAAUCCUUUCCUCGAGCAACAGACCCGUAGCCACCCACGGUUACGGCGUUAUACUGUGCCGGUAGCUAUACCUGAAGAUGGCUAUAUCGACGGCCUUAUCAAGAACAUCAACUGGGAGGCCACUGACUCCGGUAAUGAGUCUCCACCUUGGUCCAAAGCUACCGAAAUUGCCGAGCGGGUUCUGGAGAUGUCUGAUCCCCUCUACAAUUACCACUCGCCUAGCAACGUACAAUGCUCUCGAGCUCGCAUCACGCUUGGCAACAGAAUCGCCCUCUACAAUAUCAUGAGUGCCAUGAUUUACCCACUGGACGAGUAUCAGGCCAGAUGCUCCUUCACCUGGCUGCUCGAAGGAGGCGAACGGGAACUCCACAAGAUUGUUGGAUGUACUGGACUCUGUCCAAAACUCAUGCACACCUUUGCGCAGAUAACCCAUCUCUCCACUAAGCUGUAUAAGGAUCCCAACAGGAUAGCAGCGCGCAACCUGGCAAAAGUUAUUGGAGAACGCCUGGAAAACUUCGAGCAAUACUCCGAUUUGUCUGACGGCUACCCCACUUCUCAAGCUCUUUUGGAUUCAUGCGAACUAGACGAGAAUGGCAAGAUCUUCACAGCUGUUAAGACUACUGAGCUUUUGGCCGAAAGUUACGUAGCAACGGCUCAGAUCUAUCUGUAUUGCCGUCUCAUGAGGAAAUCCAGAAGGCACCCACAUGUUCAGAGUAUUGUCGACCGCCUCUUGUGGAUCGUUGAUCGUAUGGCGACAUCCGGCCCACACUUUACUGCGGCACAUGCGCAAGUGCGUGUCUUCGUUGGCGCAAUUGUCGCGGUUGAACAGAAGCAUCGUGACAUAGUGAGGGCGUGGUUCGAAGAUCUCGUCCACGGCACUAGAGGCAACGUCCCGCCGGUAUGGCGCACGAUACAGCACAUAUGGGAGUGGCUUGAUGCGAAGUACAGGUCAUCCGAGGCCACGAGUUUAGACACUUCGGAUGUCACUGUGAUUCUACCCAGUGCCGAGCCAUGGUGGGAAGAUUUGGUUGCUGAGGUUUACAAGCGCGAGGGCAAGCUGAACCUGGCAUGA